AUGUGGCAAUCAUGCGCCUGUGUUGAAGCUUGGAUCAAAUGUUUGCUGAGUAGCAGGUGGCCCAGCCUCUGCCAUGGCAUCGAGACCAACGUUAAGACAACCUUCUGCUUGUGUCACAUCGCUCGCCUCUCUCUCUCUCUCACGCGGCUGCUGGCCUGGACGGACAAGACGUCAGCUCCAGACUUGGACCGGUGUCCAGUCUUAUGUUGCUCUAUGAAAGCUGCUAGCCACAAGGCUUCCGAGGCUGUCGCAGAACCGGAUCCUCGCCGCCUGGUGACCACAAGCUAUAUCUCGCGCCACGACCGAGUUCCUGCAAGCCGCGAGCGUCAGGCGUUUGGGCCAUCGACGGUCGUUCUCCUGUACCACGGAUGGCACCUGAAACCGAGGCUUUCGGUCGACCAGCGUCAGGUCGCUGCUGGAGCAAUCAUGGAAGCUCCUCGGAACUCCGGACCUCAAUCGCCGCAUUCGAUGGGAUCUUCGAAUUAUGCGAGCGUUCUUGAGGCUUUCAGCGCGCUGCGAAGCUGGUGGGACGCGCUCGAGACUGCCUCAGCUCGUCGCAUCCUGCAGGUGACAGAAGUAGGCGCCGUGGCCAACAAGGCUGCCCACCCUUCGUAUGUUCGACAAGCACUGAGUUUGCAUCGAUUACUCAAGCUCGGGCCAUUCUCGAAGAAGAUUCCAAUUUCGAGUAUCGUCCGACUCGCUGCUACAAGAGGCUCUCCGCUUGAAUACAGUUUCUAUUCGACAGUGGCCAUGCUCCCUCCAAACACGUCGCACUGA